AUGACAUCAUCACCAUAUCUCACCGCGCUGCAACGCGACGGCUUCGUGGUGAUUCCCUCGCUGCUCUCGCCCGACGAGAUCGCACCUCUGCGUGACGCUGCAACGAAAGCUACGACGCUCACACGCUCUGGUAAAUGGCCGUUUUUUCGCACGGUGCCCAAGCAAUUCCCGCCGUGGCCGGAUGUCGUGCCGCCGGCGUCAGAAGGUGGGAUAUGGGGAGUGCAGCACUUGCUGCACCCUGCCAUGCCGGGACGAAGCGAGUUUGCGCAGCUAUAUUUCUCGGAUAAAGUGCUGCGUAUUGUCGAGGAGUUACUGGAGGUUGGCACGACGACGACGGGACAAGAAGAAGAAGAAGGAGGAGGAGAAGAGAUGCUGGUCAUGGAACUGCUGAAUCUACUCGUCGCCCCAGAGACAAAAGAUUUUGAGCUGCGCUGGCAUCGCGAUGGAAUCUCCGAGACAGCAACAAGCGACGAAGAGCUGCAGCUCCUGCACACAAACAGCCCUAAUGGACGACAGUUUCAUGCGCAGUAUAACAUCGCCCUAUGUCCAGACACCUCGCUCAUCGCAGUGCCCGGAUCCCAUCGACGCGCGCGCACCGACGCCGAACGCAAUGCAGACCCGUACGAGCCGAAUCUGACCGGACAGCGAGUUGUCAAGCUGGAACCGGGGGAUGUGGUCUUUUACGACAGCAAUAUCCUACAUCGAGGGGCGUAUCAACAUAAACCCGAGGGGGGCCCUGAAACGCGGUUGACGCUGCAUGGAAGCGUUGGGCUAAAGAGUCAGGAUGGCAAGGUCAGAGCAACGGCUGUGUUGCAACAUGGCGUGGGCCAGUGGAUUGACCGAGAAGAAGCUGCGCUGCAUGCGGGCGAGAGAGCUGAGAGGAUGAGGCGGAAUCUGAUUGCCAUGGGGAGGGGUGAUGAUGUGGGAUAUGCUCUGCAGGGGUAG